AUGGCUGACGAACGACAGUGGGGAGAAUGUGGGACUGAAUAUCUCCGACUUUUACAUAAUGGAGCAAAUGUGCCUUCAGAGCCUGUGUUGAAACCUUUUUUCGAAUUAUCGGCAGCUAUCAAAAAUGCUACUGGAAUGCUUCCGGACAAAUUGAAGCCGACAUUGCACGAAUUAUAUACCUUUUAUGCAACCAACAGUAUGACAAUCAAAGAUAUACUAAGUAGUGCUUGUGCUGUGUUAGCGAAAUCCAUUCUGAAAGAUAUGGAAGUAAUCAAAUGUGGAAUGAAGAAAGAAAAUCAAAGGUUCUCACUCAGAUUGAGCAGUAAAGUGAUCCAAGAGUAUUGGGAACAAUUAGAUAAAUCUAGUUUGAAAGCAGAACUCGGCUUAAGUGCAGUACGUAACACAUUCAUACAAGAAAGCUCGGGGGAUAAACUGCAGGGGUUGAUUAACGAACUGGAAAAACUGGAAACGCAGUUGAAGGAAGAUGGAGGAGUAAUAGAGAAAAUAGAGUUAGAAAUGAACCAAAUCGAAGAGAAAAUUGCAUCCCUCAAAUGCCGAAUAAGUCUUUUGGAAAAGAAUACCACAAAUGAAACCAUGGCAAAAAAUGAAAUGAGACAGGAGUUGACUCAAUUGAAGAUACAAAUACCGGAUUAUGAAAGGGUGCUGCUACAACACCAUAACAUCACGACCAAGCAAACGAGACCAGUACUUUUCGGAUUAUUCAACCGAUCACAAGAUAUUGUUACUGAUAACGGCGAAGCAACCGCAAAAAAAAACCUUGAUGAAUUGAAUGUAAGAAUAAAGAUCUUGGAAACCAGCAUGGGGAACUGGUCUAUUGGAGAAUUGGAAAAGAGUAAAACCGAUGCAGUAAAUGAAGUAGUAGUCCUUGAAGAGCAGCAAAAGGAGUUACAAAAAGAAAACGCACCAGCCGUAAAGAAGCGUAUGGAUUUAUUGGCAAUCAAAGAAAAAGUAUGCAAAAAAAUAGAAGCUGUUUACGAAGCGGCGGGCACUCGUAAUACAGCAAGCAUCAAAGCAAUUGACAAUCUAGCACAGAGUAUGAAAAAAGCGUCAGAUUCUUUGCGUAUGGCUCAUGGAACUAUGAAAGAACAUAUAAAACGCUUAAGCGAGCGACCCGAUUCUUUGAUGUCUUCCAUUUGUAGCGCCUUGAGUAUAAUAGCAAUGGCUGAUGGAUGCCUUGGUACCAGGCAACUCAAUGAAAUUCGUGAGCGAUCGCUUGGAUGCUAA